GGCGCGUUGGCGCCUAAAAAUGCAUAGUUGAUUAGAGAAUGGAGAUUAGCUCUCCCGAAUUCCGUAGCAUACCGCUAGACACGAGACAUGCCCGAGGAAUUUCCGUCGCAUUGAUUUCGCGAAACACGUAGUGUGGGUGACAGCGAGUCCGGUGCGUGUUGCAGUGUUGCGCGCCAAUAUAUUUCGCGCGCGUACUGACCACUGCGGUUGUGUGUGUGUGUGUUUACGUUGUGCGUGACCCGCAGCAAUCAUGCCACGCUGCUGUUGCGUGCCGCUGUGCAAGUCGAACGCCAAGAACACGCCGCACGUCGGCUUCCACGAGUUUCCGGUGGAUGCGAAACGCCGCGAAGCGUGGCUUCGCAACAUUUCCAGGAACGGUCACGGUGGAAGGGGCCCGAACUGGACGCCGAGGGACACCUCCCUUGUCUGUUCCCAACACUUCAGGCAGCAGGACUACAAGACGAACGCCAAGAUUAGGCUACUGUUGCCGAACGCCGUGCCCACGGUGUUUCCCCCACAACCGGGCAAGAAAGCCGUGCCGACGGCCAGGAAGCGGUUUCAACCGGAACCAACCCGGAACCACAACAAGCUGGUGAAACGGGCUGGCGCCGUUGCUUCGCUGAAGUUCACCGUCAACAAGAACGGCACGUUCCAGGCCAGCGGCUCAUCUAAACAGGCUGCCGCGCAGCAGGCGGUCCAAAACGGCGACGGUAGUGUGAAAGACGAGUCAAGUCAGACGUCUUCAGGGUCCGACGCGAACGAAACGACGCGGCGCCUUCGAGCGAAAGUCGCCCACCUUCAGGAAGUGACGCGGAGGCUGCAGUGCAAGCUCGACGAAGCCGAAGAGCGAGCCGAGUUCUACGAGAACAACAAGGAUAUCGACCUUUUCAUGAAGGUCAUCGAUGCGGCAGCGCUGGGCGACGAGACGGCGGAGUUCAUUGUCAACGAGGUGUACAGUUUUCACGAAGACACCAAACUAAUAUGACACCGGUCGGGGAAAAGGCGAUGUUUUGGGAGGGUCUCAGCGUGCAAGAGGUAGAAAUUUUUUAAACUUUGUUGCCACGCGAACGUCACAAAGAAUGUCGGACCACUGGAGUUGAAGGCGACGUCGCUUCACUAAUUAUAAAGCGUCUGUGUAAUGCUACAAAACAAGGCCAUCAUUCAAUAUAUUGUGGAGUGGACCAGCUCAGGAGGUGAUGGGGCCAGCACAGGCAAGCGUUUGUGUCUCAAGAUGUAGUGUAAGACAGCAUCAGUGCCACAGAUCACUUGCCAUGUUUCAUGUCGACGUCACACAUCAUGAUCAUUGUUCCACAUAAUGUUGUUUGUUGUUUGGAAAACUGUUGAACCUAUUUUCGUUGUUUAUUGUAACAGAAGGUGGGUUACUGCGUUGGAUAGUAACACAACUGUCAAGCCGUGAACCCCCCACUUGAUAACAAUUUUGUCUUCUUUUUUGAAAAAAAUUUCAUGUGGACAAAUUUUUUGGAAGAAGGUUGAUAGAUGAUUGAGAAGUGAUUGGCAAAGUGUCGAGACUUGACAGACUGCAUAGACAUGUCGAAGUGGAAGCAGCGCUGACGUGGCCUCGUGUUGAGCUUAGAGAUUUAAUGAAGAUAGCCGUGACCAUGGCGACCUAUGCUUCAUUGUGACACUUCAGUAAUCAUAAAAAAAGUCGUCCAUCCGCAUCGAAGAACGUAGUACCACCAGUCACAAACAACAGCCUUCGCAUUGCAAAAACUGAAAAAAUGAGACUUUUAUCACUGCCAAUAAUGAUUGACUUUCAAAUCUGGGAGCCUGCUCUAUAAUCUUGAAAGCAUUAUCGCUGCAAAUGUACAAACUAUUGCUAUUGAAGCUUACAACACUGCCAAAGUUCUGCGUGACAGUUCUGCAUUGAGUGCCUUUUUGAUCUCAUCAAGUAGAGCGCAAGGAUUGGGCUGCAGCACCAGAACCAAGUGAUAGGACUGCAUUGGAUUAAUUGAGAAUGUAACAAUAGCCUCAAGAACUGUUCAAGAAUGGCAAUAUGAAUUGGUACAUUGAUAGCAUACUUGUGAACAAAAUCUGAAAAUAUACGUAAGUAAAAAGUGACAUGCCGCAA